AUUAUGAUUGAGUUUUGUCCUGGUGGAGCUGUAGAUGCUACUAUGCUAGAGCUGGAUCGAGGCCUGACUGAAUGCCAGAUCCAGGUGAUUUGUCGCCAGAUGCUGGAGGCCCUGAACUAUCUACAUGGCAAGAAGAUUAUCCAUCGAGACUUGAAGGCAGGCAAUGUGUUACUAACCCUGGAUGGAGAUAUUAAACUUGCCGAUUUUGGAGUAUCAGCCAAAAACAUGAAGACUGUGCAGAAGAGGGAUUCUUUCAUUGGCACCCCAUACUGGAUGGCUCCUGAAGUAGUGAUGUGUGAGACCAUGAAAGAUACCCCUUAUGAUUACAAGGCUGACAUCUGGUCCUUGGGGAUAACACUCAUAGAAAUGGCACAAAUAGAGCCACCUCAUCACGAGCUGAACCCUAUGAGGGUCUUACUGAAAAUAGCCAAAUCUGAUCCUCCGACUCUUAAUUAUCCAUCAAAGUGGUCUCCAGCAUUCAGAGAUUUUCUGAAGACUGCACUUGACAAAAACCCAGAGACCCGGCCAACUGCCACACAAUUACUGGAACAUCCUUUUGUCAGCAAGGUCACCAGUAAUAAAGCCUUACGUGAGCUGGUGGCAGAGGCAAAGGCUGAAGUAAUGGAGGAAAUUGAAGACAAUAGAGAGGAAGGUGAAGAAGAGGACUCAUCAGAAUCUGCCUCUCCUCACGAUGUUCAGAAGAGGAAUUCCUCUAUUGCAAGCCAGCAAGGUUUGGAAGGAGAAAAGCUUCAAGAAAACCGCUUAUCGCUUGUGGCCAAUGGACCAAAGUUGCCUUUGGAGCAUGCCAAGGAAGCUAUAAAUGGGCAGGACAACAGGGUUUUGGAGGAAGAAGCUAGAACUGAAACUGCUGAGCGCUCAUAUUUGUUGGGAAUAGAAAGUUAUUCAGCUCUUCCUGGUGCCAAACAGAAGUUAAGCACCAGCCCCCAGGCUUUGCAGCCCAAUGAAAACCUUAAGCCAGCAGAGGAUGGGGCUGCCAACCACCAAAAGGAAAGUACUGAGACAGCAAACAGUGAGGAUUCAAAUUGGGGAAGCCAAACUGUAAACAGCCUCCCUGAAACCCCGACUGAAGAAAAACUCCCCAAUGGGAGCAUGAACUCUUCUCAGUUUGAGAACGACAGCUUCAAGAGAGAUUCUGAUUCCGGUAGCACCUCUGCUUCAGAGAGUAUGGACCUCAACAUCUCUUUGUCUGCUGAUCUGUCCCUGAACAGAGGCAGUGAGUCCCAGUCCCUAAAGAAUGCAAAAAUGCAGAACAUGACACUGAAACGGACAAGAAGAUUUGUAGUUGAUGGAGUGGAAGUGAGUGUUACCACCUCAAAAAUCAUCAGUGAAGAUGAAAAGAAGGAUGAAGAGAUGAGAUUCCUCAGGCGCCAGGAGCUGCGGGAGCUACGUUUACUUCAGAAAGAGGAACAUCGGAAUCAGACACAAUUAACAAACAAACAUCAGCUGUUCCUGGAACAAAUGUUAAAACGUUUUGAACAAGAAAUGAAUUCAAAGAAGAAGUUUUAUGACACUGAACUAGAAAACCUAGAACGGCAACAGAAACAGCUGAUUGAAAAAAUGGAGCAAGAUCAUGCACUGCACCGGCGAGAUGAAGCUAAACGUAUACGUGCUGAGCAAGAACGGGAUCUGGUUAAAUUUCAAGAACUGCUGAAACAAAAAAAGAAAGAGCUCAAGAAUGACAUUGAAAAGCUCCCACGGCAACAACGCAAGAGCAGCAUGAAAGUGAAGAUGGAUGAAUUUGUACAAAAAAAGCAAGUUAUGGAACAAGACUUUAUAGCCAAGCAAUCUGAGGAUCUGGAGCAGGCUAUGAAAAACAUUACAGCUCAGAAUCGGAAAGAGAUCUGUGAGAAAGAACGCGAUUGCCUCAAUAAAAAACAGCAACUUAUGAGAGACCGAGAAGCUACUAUUUGGGAUCUUGAAGAGCACCAUCUGCAGGAGAAACACCAGACUUUGAAACAGCAAAUAAAAGAUCAGUAUUUCCUCCAGAGACACGAGCUGCUCCGGAAACACGAGAAGGAACGCGAGCAAAUGCAACGAUAUAACCAGCGCAUGAUAGAACAGCUGAAAGUUCGGCAGCAGCAAGGGAGGACCCGUCUCCCCAAAAUUCAGAGGAGUGAAGGGAAAACCCGCAUGGCCAUGUAUAAAAAGAGUCUCCAUAUCAACUCCAGUGGAAGUGCCUCAGAACAGAGAGAGAAGAUAAAACAG